CAUUUUGCUCCGGGUUUUCCCUGCGGAACGGCUCCGGGGGGGGGCGGGGGGAGGCCUGGGAUCCCCCUCCCACCCGGGUUCCCCGCGGUUUGGGGCGGUGGGGCCGUACCGGAGCCCCCCCUCCCCCCUUCCCUCUCCUCCAUCCCACGGGGCGGGGCGCGCCGCCCCUCCGCGCCCCCGCAGCGCGGCCGCGGCCGCUCCGCGCUUGGCGGCGGAGGAGGGUGGGGAGGGUGCGUGUAACUAGGGACACGCACACAGACAGACACGCACACAGACACACGCAGGGCGGCCCUGCAGCGCCGCGCCGCUCGCCUUUGCGGCCAAACCCCGGCAACAAAGACACCCCCCCUCCCCACGCACCCCCACCCCCGCCCCACUCGGGUUCGCUGCCCGUCCCCUCCGCGGGAUGUAGCCCGGCCGGGAGCUGCCGCCGAGGCACCGCAGCCCCCCCGCCCGUCCCCGUCCCUCCAUGCCCCCGCAGUGAGGCCGGAGGCGGCGGGCGAGCCGGCGCUGCGGGCUCUGCCGGGGCUGACGGCGCUGCCGGCCACCAUGGGGAAAUCCAACAGCAAGUUGAAGCCUGAAGUUGUGGAGGAGCUGACCAGGAAAACGUACUUUACGGAGAAGGAGGUGCAGCAGUGGUACAAGGGCUUUAUCAAGGAUUGCCCCAGCGGGCAGCUUGAUGCCGCUGGCUUUCAGAAGAUCUAUAAGCAGUUCUUCCCCUUCGGCGACCCAACCAAAUUUGCCACCUUUGUUUUCAAUGUCUUCGAUGAGAACAAAGAUGGGAGGAUCGAGUUUUCGGAGUUCAUCCAGGCGCUGUCGGUCACCUCCCGGGGGACACUGGACGAGAAGCUGAGGUGGGCAUUUAAGCUGUACGACUUGGACAACGACGGGUACAUCACGAGGAACGAGAUGCUGGACAUUGUGGACGCGAUUUAUCAGAUGGUGGGAAACACAGUGGAGCUUCCUGAGGAGGAGAACACACCGGAGAAGAGGGUGGAUCGGAUUUUUGCCAUGAUGGACAAGAAUGCAGAUGGGAAGCUGACGCUGCAGGAGUUUCAGGAGGGCUCCAAGGCUGACCCCUCCAUCGUGCAGGCGCUCUCCCUCUACGAUGGGCUCGUAUAGUCCCGGGGCCGAGCGGCGAUGCCUGGGGGAAGAUGCUCUCUGUGCCAUCUGACCACCGCCGUGCGAAGCUUGCCUGUCCCUCUCGGCCUUCCUUUCUGUUCCGCGAGCAAAGGAUGCCCUCGAAGCGCGAGCUCACUCCCCCUCUCUGCACUCUGAACCAGCCGCUGCCAUUUGCCAACUUCUGCUUUUUCCAAAAAAAAAAAACCAACCCGCGACAGACCCUGGUCUGAGCGGCAGCGAACGCCCGAGACUUCAAGGCCAGGGGAACGGGUUGAGCACCGCCGAAGGCAGAGCCCCGGCCUCCUCGCCCUCUUUGCUCCCCUUUCCUACGUUUUCGGAUGGGACUGCAGAUGCGCCGGCACCGGUGUGGUCCUCUCCUGGGAACCGGCCGGCUGGAGACAGAGCCCAAAGGUACUGGGGGGCCGUGCACCCCGGGGUGCUGCCUGCGCGGGGCGGCCGGGGAGCCGAGGCACCGAUGGCGAUUGGGAACACAGUCCUGGUGUCACCUGCGAUGCCGCUGGCAGCCCGGCCCGGCUCACUAGGGAUAUUUUUUUUUUUUUGUGAGACAGUAUUGUGCUUUUUCGUUUUUUAUUUUUCUUUUUUUUUCCCUUUGGUGGAAAAAAGUGAGGCUUUUUUUAAUACGCCUAUCUCGACGAUUGAUAUCCUUAUUUAUUUGUUGUAAAUGUUGCUGCCGUGUUUAAUCUCUCAUGUGUGUGUCCGAACACCCAGGUGACGAUAUGUAAGGUUUACAUGCUCGUACGCUAUUGCGGGGCACCGGGAGCCUGCAAUAAUAAUGAAGCCAAAAAUCUGCCUUCCCCCCCUCCUCCCACCUCCCGUAUCCUGAGCUCUGUGGGCUGGCUGCUGUUUUAAGGGGAUGCUGUAGCUUCUGUUCCUCUUCCUGUUACCCCAUUCCCUGCAUUUUUCUGUUCAGCCUUCCUUUUGCAAGCUCAGCGAGGGCUCGCUCAGCCCUGGCUCUGAGCAGUCCGAGCCUGCUCCAUCCCUCAGCCAGGCAGGGCAAGGAAACCACCGGGCACCAGAACAUCCUCAUUUCCAUUUUUUUUUUUCAUUUUCUCACUGCUUGAAAAAGUAUUAAUGGAGCUGAGAGUUGGGUUUAGCUUUCAAGCAUAUUCCUUUAAUAUUUUCUGUUUUGCAAAUGGUGGGAAGGUCUGUUUGCACCCGGGGAGGUGGCUGUGAAGUAGCCCGUGUGCCAGCAGGGCAGAGGGGGCAGAGGGGAUGCCCACGGGGACAGCUCGCUCCGUCCCCCCAUCCCGGCUGGGGAGAUGCAGCAACUCCUGCCUCGGGGGUGCUGGGGUGGGGGUUGCACAGCCUGGGGUGUCUCCUUAUCCCCUUGCUCCUUGUUUAGGAUGUUUUGCUGUAAACCAAGGGCAUGGCCUCAAAGCGGAGCUGCUUGCGUGUGCCCUGGGGGAGGCGGAGGGAUGGGGAAACACGCCUGGAGACACCUGAGCGUGGGGCUUGGAAAUGGCCCCCAUCCACGAGCGGUGCCCACGUGGCCUCUCCAUCACCCACCCCCACUCCGGGGUGUGCCCAAGGAGGGCUCAGCCCCACCGGGACACGCACCGUUGGUGUCUCUCCCAGAGCACAAGCGUUAUGUGGGUGCUGCUGCAGCUCCGUUUCCAUCCACCUUGGCCCCUGCCCUGGGGAAGGAGAGAUUUGCAUCUCCUCGGGAGCAAAGUGCAAGUUGCCUGUGGGACCCCUAAAGCCAGCCGGGGUGCAAACCCCUCCUGCUCCGACGUGGUUUGUUGCUGGCCCAGCAACCCCGACGCCGCUCUCCCACCACCCUGGGGGCUCGCCCCUCCAUCCCCGGUCCAGCUGAUGGUGGUGGCAUCUUUCCUCCCCGCUGUCUGCCGGCAUGUCUGCAGCUCCCGCGGCUGAGCCCAGCCAGGGGACUGUCACCAUGGCAGUGGGAGGUGACAUCUGCAUGUGGAGGAUGUUCUCACAGGUGUCCCACAAUGCAGGAGACAAGAUGGUGCUCCAGCGGGGUCUGAAUCCUCCCAGUGUGGCAGGGACGGACUCUCCAGCCAAGUGAUGCUGGUCCUUUGCCAUGCAGCCCCACUCCCCAGUUUCGGGGCUGUGUGCUGGUGGCACUUUCUGAUACCCAUAAAAAUCCAUCCUUCCCCAUCCCCAAGGAGACCAACCUCAUGUUCAUGUGCAAUAUUUCUGCCUCUUCUGCAGUUCCUGCCCCUGAGGGUGCCCGUGUUUGAUUUCUGGGGGCUCCUGGAGGGUGUCACCUCAAUCCCUCCCAUGGAAACUCCUUUUCCUUGAUGCUUUGUGGCCAAAACGCAAUUCUCUUGGGUAGAUCUUUGCAGUGCCUCCAGCUUCUCUAACGCUCAUCUGCCAGUCCGGUCCCUUCCCGGUGCCAGUUGAUGUUGCGAAUGAAUGUGACACUGCUGUAAUCGCCUCUGCUGAUAAAUGACGGACCCUGUGACGUUUGACAUAAUUCCCAGACAAAGGCAAACCUCAUUUGCUCUGACGCUUUCCCCUGAAAGGCUUUUAAUUUUCGGAGGCCCUGCCAUGCUUUGAGCUCCAUCAGUGCUCGCCGAUGUCUCACUGGGGAGGCAGCCCUGCAAGGACAGCGGGUGUGUGGCCCCCGUCACGGGUGGGGUGAGGGACCAGCGUUGGCUUGGGAGAGCUUCAGACCCCAGAAAUACCAAAAUUCAGUGUCCACCAGGCCAGUGCUGCCAUUGCUGCCAGCAACCUCCUGCUGCUGCUGCUGCUGCUGCUGCUGGCGGGCUGAGGGAUGGAGCCCAAAGCCUUGUCCUCCCUCGCCCCUUGUUAAAUAUUUGCACAUUAGGGAAAAAAAAGCAAAAAGGAAAAAGUUUUACGCCUGUAUUCAAAAGCUCUGUGCCAGCUGUGAGGACCCUCUUGGCUUGGUAGCAGUGGUGAGUUUUCCCGGGCAGAGGUUGGGGCUGGCUCUUGGCCUGGGUCCCAGCGUGGGGUCUGUCCUGCCCCGCUCUUGGCAUGCUGGGCGUCCCUGAGCAAAUCAUUUCGGCCCCAGUAUUCCUCCCUGUCUGCAGAUGUGGGGCUGUGGCUUGGAUGCUUCUAGCCUCCCUUUGGGGAACACUGAGGGCCCCCAAUUCCUGAACAUCACCAGGAUCUGCAGCUUCUCAGAACUGCUGAGAAUAAGGCUUGAAGCGUCUCACGCUUGGAAAUGUUGGCCUUAACCUCCUCGUGCCUCAGUUUCCCCAUCAGCGAAAUGGCCUGGGUGAGCCGUCCCCUCCGGAGAGCGAUUCGAUGCCUGUGCGCAGGGGAGCACGAGCACUGGAUACAGCUCACGGCUGCGACCAGGCGGGUUUGGCAGAACCCACCGAGCAUCAGGCACGUGCCGGGCGUGGGGCAUGAACCGCUGGGACGGAGUUUACAUCACCGAAUAAUUAAUUUCGGUCUUCUUUUUACACCUGCUCAUUAUUAAAAAUGAACAGCCAACAAGACCUGAUUUGUUUCUGUUUAUACUUGGGUCCCUGAUGCCUGUCCGAAAUAAAGCUGGCUGCAGCCCUGGCGACGGGAAGGGGACCCGAAGCACAGCCGGGCAGAGGCGAGGGUCCGGCCCCAGCGACUGCAGCGUGUCCCCCCCCACCUCUCAUUUGUCCCCGUCGGUGUUGCCCCAUUAAAAUGCUGUGUCUGUACUUUC